GGUGCGGGUGCCGUCCGUGGUGCGGGUGCCGUCCGUGGUGCAGGUGCCGUCCGUGGUGGGGGUGACGUCCAUGGUGCGGGUGACGUCCGUGGUGCGGGUGCCGUCCGUGGUGCAGGUGCCGUCCGUGGUGCGGGUGCCGUCCGUGGUGCGGGUGACGUCCGUGGUGCGGGUGACGUCCGUGAUGUGGGUGAUGUCCGUGGUGCAAAU